AUGUCUUCAUCUUUUGCGGCUGGACGGUUUACAUCUAUGUCUUCUCCAUCGCAAUCGCACCGCUUUUGUGGCCCUGCAGCCACCGCUACUGGCGGUGGAAGCUUCGAUACUUUGAACCGUGUAAUCGCAGACCUUUGUAACCGUGGUAAUCCCAAGGAGGGAGCUUCUUUAGCGUUUAGGAAACAUGUAGAGGAGGCAGCUUCAGGAAAUCAUGAGAUGACAGAAAAUGCUUCCACUCUCUUUAAUGUCCAUGCCCCUGAAUUCGUGGACGCGAUCUGGGUUGCGCUAAGGGAUCCCCAGUUGCAAGUGCGAGAGCGAGCUGUUGAGGCUUUGCGUGCCUGCCUUCGUGUUAUUGAGAAAAGGGAGACUCGAUGGCGAGUACAAUGGUACUAUAAAAUGUUUGAAGCUACACAGGAUGGGUUGGGGAGAAAUGCUCCAGUCCAUAGUAUUUCAUGGUUCCUUACUUGCUGUGGGGGAGCUGUUGAGCAUUCCUUCUUUGCUGCCAAUACAAGAUCGGCUUCUAGAUUGCAUUUCGUUGGUCAGCUCGAGCUGGGGGAAAGACGAAGGCGCCUUGUGGAAGAGAUUGUGGAAAAGCUUCUCAGGACAGCUGUUGCUGAUGCUGAUGUAACUGUUCGCAAGUCUAUUUUCGUUGCUUUAUAUGGAAACCAAUGUUUCGAUGAUUAUCUAGCUCAGGCUGAUAGUCUGACUGCCAUUUUUGCUUCCUUAAAUUAUGAGGAUUUUGAUGUCCGAGAAUAUUCCAUCUCAGUCGCUGGGAGGUUAUCUGAAAAAAAUCCAGCAUACGUUCUUCCAGCACUUCGUUGCCAUCUUAUACAGCUGUUAACCUAUCUUGAGCUGAGUGCAGAUAACAAGUGCAGAGAAGAGAGUGCGAAGCUCCUUGGUUGUUUAGUUCGAAACUGUGAACGGCUCAUUCUUCCAUAUGUAGCUCCUGUGCAAAAGGGUGGCUUGGUAACGAGACAAUAUAUUCCUGAGCUGAUGCCUUUGAUUGUUGAAGCAUUAAUGGACGGAGCUGCUGUAGCAAAACGUGAGGUGGCUGUUUCUACCCUUGGUCAAGUUGUUCAAAGUACAGGGUAUGUUGUGACUCCUUACCAGGAAUACCCGUUGUUGCUUGGCUUACUCUUGAAAUUGCUGAAGGGUGACUUAGUGUGGUCUACCAGACGAGAAGUGCUCAAGGUUCUUGGAAUUAUGGGCGCUCUGGAUCCUCAUGUGCAUAAGCGUAAUCAACAAAGCUUAUCAGGAUCACAUGGUGAAGUUGCUCGCGGCACUGGUGAUUCAGGUCAACCUAGUCCAUUGAUUGAUGAGCUACCUGUGGAACUCCGGCCAUCAUUUGCUACAUCUGAGGAUUAUUACUCAACGGUUGCUAUCAACUCGCUAAUGCGGAUUCUUAGAGAUGCAUCACUUCUUAGUUACCACAAAAGGGUUUUACCUGAGCUGUUUCACACUGUUCGCACUUCUGAUGAGAACUUGAAGGACUUUAUUAGAUGGGGUCUUGGGACUCUUGUUUCCAUCGAACGAAUACGACUGACUCUAUGUGAACUGUUAGCUAAUGUUAUCUUUCUACAGCACAUACGCAAGUAUCUGCCAGAGUUGCUCUCACUAAUCUCUGAGUUAUGGUCAUCCUUCACCCUGCCAGGUCCUGUACGCCCCUCACGUGGUCUUCCAGUUUUGCAUCUACUGGAGCAUCUUUGCUUGGCACUUAAUGAUGAAUUCAGAACUUAUCUUUCGGUCAUCCUUCCAUGUACACUUGAUGAGCACAUGCAUUUACUCCUUCCUGCCCUUAUUCGAUUGUUUAAAGUAGAUGCUCCUGUAGCUAUAAGACGGGAUGCCAUCAAAACUUUGACAAGAGUAUUACCGUGUGUUCAGGUUACUACUGGUCAUAUCUCCACCCUUGUGCAUCACUUGAAACUAGUAUUAGAUGGGCGACUGCCAGUCGAGGUUAUCAGGGAUCCCGUGAUUGAGAAUGAGAUCGAUCCUUUUGAAGAUGGAAAUGACAGAAACCAUCAGUCUACGGACAGCUGGAGAAGCUUCACAACGCAGCACCAAGGAAGAGAAUUGUUCGCCGCUGGCUUUGUUAGUUGCUGGGCACAGCUGAACGAGGCUAGCCAAAAGCAGUUAGUUAGAAGCUUGGAGACGGGUUUUUCAUCACCAAAUAUCCCUCCUGAGAUUUUGGCAACACUACUCAAUUUGGCAGAGUUUAUGGAACAUGAUGAGAAGCCUCUUCUCAAUACUGUACAUAGGCAGAGUUUAUGGAACAUGAUGAGAAGCCUCUUCCCAUUGAUAUUCGUCUCCUGGGGGCUCUUGCAGAAAAGGUUAUGCGUCAUGUACUCUCUAGUCAAAUCAGAUAUGUGCCGUGUUUAUGGCAAAGCGCUGCAUUAUAAAGAGAUGAUAUUUGAAGGUGCACGGUCCAGGAUGAUGGAUGCCAACCCAGUUGCUGUUGUCGAGAAUCAUAUACACAUAAAUAAUCAGUUGCACCAGCAUGGGGCUGCUGUCGGCAUCGUGACCUAUGCUCAACAACAUCUUGAUUGA